AUGAACCUCUCAUCCCUGAACGGCUCCUCGUCUGUGGGAGGAUACCAGCGUGACACGUUUACCAUGGCUGUGACCAAGAAUGUGAUCGUCACCGCCCUCUGCAUCUCCAUCAACUACAUCAACGGCACUCUGGUGCACACCUUCAGGAAGCACCAGAUCUUCAACUCUAACCCUCGUUACAUCCUCUUCAUCCACCUGGUGAUCAACGACAUGGUGCAGCUACUCCUGUCCACCCUCCUCCACAUCAUCAGCUACGCCCUCCACACCAUCAACGUCUCCCUCUGCAUCGUCCUGCUCAUCAUCACCAUCCUCGCCACCCUCAACACCCCGCUCAACCUGGCCAGCAUGGCGGUGGAGUGCUACAUCGCCGUCUGCAUCCCCCUCCGCUACGCCCAGAUGUGCACGGUGAGGAAAACCUACAUCCUGAUUGGUCUGAUCUGGGUGGUGAGCUCUUUCUCCAUCCUGCCGGACCUCUUCAUCCUGCUGGCUACAGAGCCACUGGAGUUUUUUCACUCCAGGCAGUUCUGUGCCAGAGAUUAUGUAUUCAGAAGCUCCUACAGUCUGAAGAAGAGAGACGCCUCACACAUCGUCUGUCUGGCCUUUGUGUGGCUCACCCUCCUUUACACUUACUUCAGGAUCCUGUUUGCGGCCAGAGGAGCCACUUUAGACUUCAAAAAGGCCAGAAACACCAUCCUGCUGCACGGGUUCCAGCUGCUGUUGUGUAUGCUGACUUAUGUCAGACCCAUGUUUGAACAAGGUCUGCUCUACCUACUACCCAGACGGUUCCUGGCUGUACGAUUCGCUUCUUAUGUCGUUGUGCAGAUCCUGCCCCGCUUUGUCAGCCCCAUCGUCUACGGACUACGAGACCAGCACUUCAGGAAGUAUGUGAGGAGGUACCUGCUCUGUAAAGUCAGCAUUAAGACCCAGUCUGAAACGGUCACCGUAUCCAGCAUGAGGCUGACCCUGAAACUGCAGUGA